CACAUUCACUUUGACAAAGAGAGACAUUGAACAGACAGUGAGAUCAGCUGUGACGUCAGAACAGUCCAAAGUGACAUCGAUUAAGGACUGGGGAAACAAAGUUUGGUUGCCGUUGGCUGUGACUGUCGUACUGAGAGCACCUUGGACUGACACAGGGGGAGGAAGAGUUUACAUCUGAACCCAUCCAUAAAAAACACUUCUUUUAUUGGACUAAAAGAAGACAAGGGGUCAUGGAGUCGGGAGGCAAGAUGACGGUGCGUCUGAUGGUGGCGGUGGGUAUCGCUGUCAUGGGCUCACUGCAGUUCGGCUACAAUACUGGAGUCAUCAACGCACCACAGAAGGUCAUCGAAGCGUUUUACAAUGAAACGUGGAUGAGCCGAUACCAGCAGCCUAUCUCACCUGAAACACUGACUUCAUUGUGGUCCUUGUCAGUCGCCAUCUUCUCUGUGGGAGGAAUGAUUGGUUCAUUUUCUGUUGGGCUGUUUGUUAAUAGAUUUGGCAGGCGGAACUCCAUGUUAAUGGCAAAUAUUCUUGCCUUGAUUGCUUCUAUCCUAAUGGGCUUUUCCAAGAUGGCGUAUUCCUUUGAGAUGCUGAUUGCUGGCCGGUUUGUCAUUGGCCUUUACUGUGGUCUCACCACUGGAUUUGUACCUAUGUAUGUUGGAGAAGUGGCACCUACUGCUCUUCGUGGAGCCUUGGGAACCCUGCAUCAAUUGGGAGUUGUAGUUGGAAUUCUUAUAGCUCAGAUCUUUGGUUUGGAACCCAUCAUGGGCAACGCCACCCUGUGGCCUCUGCUACUGGGUUGUAUUUUCGUUCCCACGCUCAUACAGUGUGUGGUCCUUCCAUUCUGUCCAGAAAGUCCUCGUUUCCUGCUCAUUAACCGUAAUGAAGAAGACAAGGCCAAAAGUGUUCUUAAGAAGCUACGUGGUACCACUGAUGUGAGUGCGGACCUGCAGGAAAUGAAGGAGGAAAGUAGGCAGAUGAUGCGGGAAAAGAAAGUUACCAUUUUGGAACUUUUCCGAUCACCCCUUUACCGCCAGCCUAUCUUCAUUGCAAUCGUCCUCCAACUUUCCCAACAACUUUCUGGAAUUAAUGCAGUUUUCUAUUAUUCUACAAUGAUAUUCGAAAAAGCUCAAGUUCCUCAGCCUAUCUACGCAACUAUUGGUGCUGGCAUUGUGAAUACGGCCUUCACAGUUGUGUCGCUGUUUGUGGUUGAACGUGCUGGCCGCAGAACACUCCAUCUCAUCGGACUGGGUGGCAUGGCAGGCUGUGCAAUACUGAUGACGAUUGCCCUGGCUCUUUUGGACGACUUUAAAGGAAUGUCCUAUCUCAGCAUUGUGGCCAUCUUUGGCUUUGUGGCUUUCUUUGAGAUCGGACCAGGACCAAUACCAUGGUUCAUUGUUGCUGAGCUCUUCAGUCAGGGACCUCGACCUGCUGCUAUUGCUGUCGCUGGACUUUCAAACUGGACAUCAAAUUUCAUUGUGGGAAUGGGCUUCCAAUACAUUGAGCAACUCUGCGGUGCUUACGUCUUCAUCAUUUUCACAGUGCUGCUCAUCCUAUUCUUCAUCUUCACCUUCUUCAAGGUGCCUGAAACCAAAGGCCGUACAUUCGAUGAAAUUGCCUCAGAUUUCCGUCAUGGCGGUGAAAGCCAGCCAGACAAACAAGCUUCCCCGGAGGAAUUCCGCAGUCUUGGUGCGGACUCUCAAGUCUAACAUUUCACAUCUGGCAACUACCUCUUGUUACUUCCCUCUCUUACCUUCCCUCAUUCUCUACCUGCGUAUAGACCUGUGGCCUGUCUACAAGUGCGUCUUGGAGGUGUCUAAAACCAGGGAGGAAAGGGGCUGGUACCUGCUAUUUCUAGGCCUCCAUCUGACAUCUAUUUGCUCUCAUGUUAAGAAGUCACCUUUUUAUGGCAAGUCAAAGCCAUUUUCAGCCUCAGCCGCUCUCUGCAUUUCACACACAUGAACAGAUAUGGUGUAUAUCUAUAUACACCAAUAGAUCUCGCAGGGUCAUUUCUCAUACAUCACAGAGAUGAACGAAAGCUUGUUUUUUAUUUUUAAAUAUUAUCUCUCUCUCUCUCUAUAUAUAUAUAUAUAUAUAUAUAUAUAUGAUUUCCUUUUUUAAACAGAUUAUUUUUUAAUUAGCGUACAUUAGAAAAAAAUGUUAUAACUGGGAAAUGAAUGAAGAGGUUAAAUUAACCACCCCAUCCCGUCAUGUUUACAUACUGUAGUAUUUUUUUUAAUCUCUCCCCAUGACUGUAGAGGUACAGGGUUCUCCAAGGUGACUGUAGAUGGGCUGAAUUAUUUAAAAGAUGAGAAUGGUUAGUGGAACUGUAAUAUAUGUGAUCACCUGAUAUAGUAUUAACUACCGUGCUACAAUUUGUAACGUGACACCCAUGUGUAGCGUUAGUUCACACACUGACAAUCAUCAGAACCACCCCUUGUGAGCAAUUUGUAGAAUCAUUUGUGAUUUCUGUGUCUCUCUCUGCAGUCACAUAUGAUAGUUUCCUAAGACGGUGGCUUGUGCUGCAGGAACAAAAUAUAUACUGUCUGCACACCCCUGCUCAUGGGCUGUCUGUUUAGAUGUAAACAGUCUAUCUCAUAAUCUCACAGUCUCUUGUCCGUCUGUUCUCCUUUAGUCCUGCUGGUUAACUUUCCCAACAGACUUUUGUUUUAUUCUAUGUAUUUACAGAUGCUAAGAAGUAGUGUCUACCAGACACUUCAGUGCAUAUAUAUAUAAUAAGAAAUACAUAUAAGACCCACUCAGAAAGAUGCUAGUUUGAUGCUUUCGGCAUUCCAUACUUACCUUAUGUCUACCUAAUCUCUAAGCCAGGGUUCUCCACACUCUGGCCCUCCAAAAUGAUGCUGAACUUCAACUCCCAUGAUUCUUUGAGUAAAAUAGACAGACAAAGAAUCAUGGGAGUUGUAGUUCAGCAGCAUAUAGGGGGUCAGAGUUUGAAGAACCCUGCGGUAAACUCCUAGGUACACGGGGAGGUCUUAGAUUUGACAUGUCCUUUGUGUGCAGAGUCAUCAGGGUAGAGAUGUCUCUUAACAGCCUAGUUUCAACGCUCAGGUUAGGCUCUCUAGGGGAUGCACUUUGCUUGUGGUUCAAGGGGUCCAAGUAUAGUUGGAGUAAAGCAGUUCGAUCUUGAGGGUACUCUGCACUGAUGAUACUCCCUGGCACUGCUGAGCAGUAAAGGGUUCACAAUGCACUAGAUAUGAUUAAUGGGUAACUCAUUCUCGUCCUGGGGUAUCUGCAGCAGCACUGAAAACAUUCAAAUGGCUGCGACCCCUGAUUUCAGUCUUCAAACAUGUUGGUACCAAGAAAAUAACUAGAGGUACAAAUAGCUGAUCCUGUGUUUUCAUGACACUCUCAGCACUGAGCUACGCUACUGACUCUCAUCCUAACUCAACUGCGCCAACACACUAAGUGUAAAAUACACUCAUUUCGAUUUGUAGAUUUGGAGCGAACAGUCAAAGGUUUGUUGAGGACAAGCAAGUGGUAGAAUCCACCCCACGAGCCCAUCAUGUUUCCCACUGACGUAGUCUAUAACGAUAUAAUCAGUCCACAAAGGGCUCUGCACCAUUAACUCUUUCAUCAUCUAAUACUAAACCCCUUAAGUGUCACCCCCUCCUUCUUCCUUUUCCCUCAUCUGUAAAUGGAAAAACACAUUUCUUGUAUUUGAUGUAUAGAGUAAAGGUAUUUAUAUAUAUAUAUAUUUAUACUCAUAUAUAUAUAAAUAUAUAUAUUUUUUUUUUGUUUGAAUGCUGUUAGUUGACCACCUGAGUGUAACAGAUGUACUGUAUAUAUUUAUUAUAGUCGCCAUGUGAUGUAUGUUGCACAGUUGGUCAAAAAGUGUAAAGGUCAAUUUUUUUCAAUUGUAACUAGAUUUAUGAACGGUUCUUGAUAUUUAGAAUAAAUGUAUUUUUUUUUUUGUACUAAUUGGACUUUGUUUCAGUGAAUGCAAUUGGACCUGUUGUAAGAACAUAAUAUAUGUAAAAUUUCAAAAACUGUGGUGAUUUUAUUUCAUAACUCUCUGUAAUUGUUAUUUAAGACAGAUUCAUAUUUCCUAAUGUGUUUCUGCCGAUGUAAACAUCGCCUCACUGUGCUGAUUGUUCCCAUAUUAUCACUUCUGUCUCUGUGAUCGUCUGUUCUACCACAAUGAUACCUGGCUGCAGCCAUAAGGGUAUGAUAAUUGAAAUAAUGAUGACGGAAAUAUUAACAGAAGCUAAUAUUUUGGUUGCAAAAUGAUAUUUUGGCUCUUAUCAGGGGUAUACUCUUCUUUAAUGAAAAAGAGGUCGCCAAGUUCAGUACCAUCUUUUGGUUUUACCUAUUGGCAAUUCCAUUUAAGUAUUCUGGCUCUAUAUAGACUGUACCCCUAUGUAGCUCUGCAUAUUCAUUAACCAAAAAAAUAUAUACUGUAUACAUACACAUUCUGGCCAUAGACACUGCUCUUUAACCAACUACGAAUCCCCAAACGCAUAAUUUCCCAAAUGACUUGAAUUUGCAACAGGAAGCAAGAUGUUAACGUACCUUAAACUGUGUGGAAAUUUGUUGUUGUUGAACAUUCUUUUCGCGUAUUACAUGUUUUAAAGACUAAUAUUGGUGUUAUGUGUGUAUAUUUGUAACAAUACAGGGUAUACUACAGCA